UGGGGCGGGUCCGGCCGCGCACAAUGGGCCAUGGAGUUCCCGUUCGAUGUGGACGCGCUGCUCCCGGAGCGGAUCACGGUGCUAGACCAGCACCUACGGCCACCGGCCCGCCGACCCGGAACCACAACGCCGGCCCGGUGACAUCUCAAACCUGCCCCACGGCCCUUCUCUCCCGGUUCCUCUCGAAACCUGGUCCAGGCACCACGCCCCCUUCUCACUGACUAGUGUCUGCUCCUUUUGAUGUCCUGGCUCGCCUUUUUGGUGACAUUUGAUCCUAGAACUGGUGGGGUAGAUUGGGGCUUGAAUCUGUCACCUUUCAUCCCUUGGCCCCAUCGUGGUUCCAACCAAAGGAUGUGGUUGACCUGCUCUUCCUGCUUCCCCACAAUAACUUCAAGGGAGGAGGGAGUGUACCACACUGAAAGGAGUGUUGAUCUGCAGCAGCAAAUUAUGACCAUUAUAGAUGAACUGGGCAAGGCUUCUGCUAAGGCCCAGCAUCUUCCUGCUCCCAUCACCAGUGCAUCAAGGAUGCAGAGUAACCGCCACGUUAUGUAUAUACUCAAAGAUACUUCAGCUCGAAUGGCUGGAAAAGGAGCCAUUGUUGGCUUCCUUAAAGUUGGAUAUAAGAAACUCUUUGUACUGGAUGACCGUGAGGCUCACAAUGAGGUAGAACCACUUUGCAUCUUGGACUUUUACAUCCAUGAGUCACUUCAACGCCAUGGCCAUGGACGAGAACUCUUCCAGUAUAUGCUGCAGAAGGAGCGAGUUGAACCACAUCAACUGGCUAUUGACCGACCCUCACAGAAGCUGCUGAAGUUCCUGAAUAAACACUACAACCUGGAGACCACAGUCCCACAGGUGAACAACUUCGUGAUCUUCGAAGGAUUCUUUGCCCAUCAGCAUCCUCCAGCAAGGAAGCUGCCACCCAAGAGAGCAGAGGGAGACAUAAAGCCAUACUCCUCUAGUGACCGAGAAUUUCUGAAGGUAGCUGUGGAGCCUCCCUGGCCCUUGAACAGGGCCCCUCGCCGUGCUACACCUCCAGCCCACCCACCCCCGCGCUCCAGCAGCCUGGGAAACUCGCCAGAACGGGGUCCCCUCCGCCCCUUCGUGCCAGAGCAGGAGCUGCUGCGUUCCCUGCGCCUCUGCCCCCCGCACCCCACCGCCCGCCUUCUGCUUGCUACUGACCCAGGCGGCAGCCCAGCCCAGCGUCGCCGCACCAGGUAAUAGGAGCUGGAGGGUUAGGGAAUGUCAAGACUGUCAGACAGGGUGUUAGAAAUGGCAGAGGGCAGUGUAAAUCCAUCAGAGACAUGAAGCAAUAGGACAGGAAGACUGGAGAGUCCUGAAACCUUUCAAGAAGAAUAUAUUGGAAAGUAUUUAUGGGAGUGGUCUGGAAAUAAAUUACAGUGAAGGAGCAGAAUAGGACUUUAUGUAGAGUCUAGGGACUCUAGUUUAAGUGAGAGCUGGGAGGAAGCACAGGAAGAACACAGGUCCGUUGGGUGGGUGACUGAGCCUCUAAGAUUGGGGAAAUCAUGGUUUAACAUUUGCUGGGAAGGGGCAGGAUCUCUGACACAGUUUGGGGAGCCACCAGCCCUGGAUCAGUGCCUUGUGUGGCAGGAGCCCAUCACGGCAGGCAGAGAGUGGGCCUCUCCGUUUUUUUUUUUUUGGGCCUCUCCUUUUUUUCUCUCCCCAGCUUUCUCUUCACCUCUGACUUCUCUUUCUGUUUUUCUCUCCCCCCCAUUUCCCCUCUCCCCUCCUCCUGUCCAUAACAUCCUUCCACAGCUCCCUUCCCCGCUCUGAUGAGAGUCGAUACUGACAGACAGCUAAGCCUCUCCCCUCCCUGGGAGACCUGGCAAGGGCAGAGACUCCCUCCCUGAGAACCCCAGACCGGAUCUUCCAUUGUAUCCCCCAGCAUCCAGGGGAACCUGACAGAGCCCAUAGGAUUCCCUCUUCCCCUUUCUUGGACAACUGGGUUGUCAGGGUCCCAGAUGGCCUAAUGCUUUGUAGCUUUUCUUACCAUAGAAAGCACCCCCUGUCUCCUAACUCGGGCUCUGAACACUCUCCCACAGACAGCCCAUUUGCUGCCAGACUUCUCGGUUGGGCGGCUCCUACUAAUUAUCCAGAGAAGCAUAGUCUUGCUUGCAGUCAGAUUCUAGAACACCAUGGAAGGUCCAAGGGCCUCCUCUACCAGGGAAACCUUUUAAAGAGUCUUGUCCAUGGAAUGAAUCUUAUAGUCCCACUACACUGUCUCCUGGUAGCUCUAAUACUGCUUCGUGCUACCGACCACAGCUACCCUAUCAGCCUGCUGACGCCAGCCAGUGAGUGAGCUCUGCUUCAGAGCAGUCCAGUCAGGUAGGACAGGGACUUACCAGCUCCCCAAGGGAUCCACUCAACAUUGCCAAACUCUUAAUUUCCACAUGUUGUGUGUAUGUGUAUCUGUCAGGGGACCCCCGAGCUGAUGUCUGCUAUGAGGCUCUAGACUCGCCACACUUCUACAGACACCACCACUUCCCCUGGGUCCAGGUUCUGUGAGGGAGUUUGUUUCUUGGCAGUAGAUCCCAGCAAGCACCCUCGGAUCACUCUUAGCCAAGUUUCAGAAGCUAAGCCUGAGUCUCAAGGCUCUAUUUGCUCCUGGAAUACCCUCUCGCAGCCAUCCCUCCCCGGUCACUAGAUGCUGAUAGAUUCCUGUCUUGUGAGAUUGUCUUGAGAUGAUGGGGGAACUCCUCCUCUGGCCUUCCUUUCUUCUUUCCUCCAUAGCAAGAACCUCCUUCCCUGCUCCAUACCCAGGGUAUAGAACAUCCUUCCCCCUCCCUACCCUCUGGAUGUGUGCUAGUUGAUACCCCUACUGUAUUCCCCGAAAUCCUUGGGAGCAGGAUCUCCCUCUCUUCUGACUCAUUCCUUUUUCUUCUCCCUCUCAGUGUUGUCUGAAUAAAGUGUGAAUUCUUUUGUGUUUUUUAAAUGGACAUUUUCAAUGAUAAAAACUACAAAAGAAAAAAAAAAAAACACCAAACAAA